UGCAGCAUUUUACACGUCGCGCCCUUGAUCGGAAAUAAAACGCUUCAUUUUUUUUGUCUCUAAAAUGUUGGGAUCUGCAGAAUAUGGCGCCCUGUCCUUAUAAAAAUAAGACAGGCUGCCAUUUUUGUUUUCCUUUUGUCUGAAAUGUUUAAUAAAACUGUCUGAGAAUGUGGGAGAGGCAGACGCCAAGGAACUGGACAUUCAUAAGCCACGAAAUGCGAAUGUUCGCGUUCUUUUGCAAAGCGUUUUCAUUUGAUUUUGAUCAAAGACGACGUCUUUUUCAUUGGGAAUGAUUUCAAGGAUGCCAAUAGAAUAAAAGAAAAGUUAAAUAUGGCAGAACCUCGAUUUAAUAAUCCAUACUUCUGGCCUCCUCCACCCUCUAUUCCUGGUCAGUUGGAUAACCUCGUAUUGAUCAAUAAGAUCAAAGAGCAGCUGAUGGCGGAGAAAAUCAGACCUCCACACUUGCCGGCCACUUCUGUCCCUUCCCAGCAGCCCCUGCUGAUGCCGCCCACACCCACAGAAGGCGGGCAACACAAUAUAUCAACGCCCAAGCUUCAACAGAUGCCAGGACUCCAUGCUCACAGCACCUCACAGCCGGACAUUGCCCUACAUGCAAGACCCGCCUCAAGCACGGUAGCAGGUCGUAUUCUUGGUGACGUAAACUUAAACCUGGACGAUAAGGCAGCCAUUAAAGCAAGGGGAUUAUGGGAAGACUGGCAUUUGCGCCAAAUCAUAGACCAGCCUUCCAGAGCAAAUCAUCUGUCAGGACUGUCACUGAGUUCAUCACGAACUGCCAACCACAACACAUCAGAGUCCGCAACACCAACAACCCCAACCACUCCAACCACCAGCAGUCAAACCCGCCAUGGCGGCGCUCCAUCCCCAAACCUCAUCUCAGGACUGUCCUGCAUGCCCGGGAUGGAGGCUUUCAAAAACAGCGGAGGAUUGGCUGGACUUCUAGGUCCACCUCCGAAAAGCAUAGGACGGGGUCGCAAAAAGAUCAAAGCCGAAAACCCCUCUGGUCCUCUCUUAGUAGUUCCAUACCCAAUCCUGGCCUCUGGAGCUGACCAAUCAUCUGUUAGCAUCACUGCCAAAGAGGGCAAAACCUACAGGUGUAAAGUGUGUCCAUUGACGUUCUUCUCCAAGUCGGACAUGCAGAUCCACUCCAAGUCCCACACAGAAGCAAAGCCACAUAAAUGUCCUCACUGUACCAAGUCCUUCGCCAACGCGUCCUACCUGUCCCAGCACCUGCGCAUUCACCUGGGGGUGAAGCCGUAUCACUGCUCCUACUGCGAGAAUUCCUUCCGCCAGCUUUCCCACUUACAGCAGCACACCAGAAUCCAUACAGGUGAUCGGCCAUAUAAAUGUCUUCAACCAGGCUGUGAAAAGGCAUUCACGCAACUCUCAAAUUUGCAAUCUCAUCAGAGAUCACACAAUAAAGACAAGCCUUACAAGUGCUCCAACUGUUACCGUGCUUACUCUGAUUCUGCCUCCCUCCAAAUCCACUUGUCUGCUCAUGCAAUCAAAAAUGCCAAGGCUUUUUGCUGUAGCAUGUGUGGUAGAGCCUACACCUCAGAGACCUACCUUAUGAAACACAUGUCUAAACACACCGUGGUAGAACAUCUGGUCAGUCAACACUCUCCGCAAAGGAUCGAAUCGCCCAACGUCCCCAUCCGUAUUUCCCUCAUCUGAGCACUCUGAUCCUGCGGUCAGUCCUUCCCAAUGUUGGCAUAAGAAAGCAAAAUCGCCUAUUCUUGGUGGUUGACAUUUUUAGUGUUUAUUUGUUAGUUUUACUUUUGAGUACAUUCCAUAAGGUAUUCGACUGUGUGGAUAGAGGCUCAAAAAAGCAGCAGUGUUGAUUUUUAGGAAAGUUCUAUAGCACAUGUUCCUCUUGAACUCAGUGUUGAGUUAAGGGGGUAUGAUCGGGAAUCCAAAGAUGGUUAAGCAGCACUUUUAGGCCUCACAGUUUUGGCUUUAAACGUUUCUGGUCUGUUAUGACAAUAAAUGCAUUGCUCUUGGCAGCUAAACUUUUGGGAAUUUAGGUAUUAUGCAUUCAAAAAUCAUAACACAUACGUUGUAUGUUCUGAGCUUGGACCAAGUCCUGUACCUCCUCUCAUUUUUUCCUAUGCUGUCUGGGAAAAAUACCCUUCUUUUGGGCAACUCAAAGUUGGUUUGGAGACCAAUGGUCUUUCGCUUUGAUAAUGUCAAUCGCAAAAAUAACUUGAGCAUUAAAUUUAACUUUUUAAGAGGACUGUAAAAAAAAAAUAAAAAAUGCAGGGGACUUUAUAGACAAAUCAGCACAUUUAACAAGAUUUUGCAAGACUAAUUUCUUAGUGCUUUACACAUGUUGUGCUCGGGUGCCAAAAACAGAACAAGUAAAUGGCAUAAGAUUCGGCUUCCCACAUUUUGUCCCUUAGAGUAAAACAUUCAAUGGUUAUGCAAAUGGUCAAAGCUCACAAUACUAAAUAUGUUACAGGUCAUGUUUCACCCCAUAAUCAAGAGAAACAUUUUUUUUAUUAUAUUUUCCAUAAAGAAAAUGUAGUAUUUUUUUUUUUUAAGGACCUUUAAGAGUUUUGCAUUGUAUUUCAAUUACUACGUAUGGUAGUAUACAUCAUGUAGUAGUAGUUGUACUGAUUUAAUUUUAUUGUUACAAUUUUUUUUAUUAAUCUAAUAAUUUGAUUUAUACUUAAUUAAUUCGUUUAUUUUAAUGAAUAAAUUGUCAUGAAUAUAAUGUCAAAAUGAGUGGUCCUAAAAAUAAGCUUCUUUAUCUUGAUUUAUGCAAAAAUGUAUUUCAUUUUGGGGUGAAUAUAUAUAUAUAUAUAUAAUUUAGAAUAAUAAUAAUUAUGUAUUUUGCAUAAAGACAAUUAAGCCUAUAUCUAGGGUAUUUAAGAUUUUUUUUUCUGGACACUUAUGCACAUUUUACCCCCCAAUUCUCAUUACCGUAACACAUUUGGAUGUUUUACUUUUACUAUUCCCAUUUUUUUCAAUGAUGAUUCUCAUUACCGGAACAUUUUUAUACUGAAUUACAGUUAAAAAGAUGCUGUUGUACAAUGAUUUCUAAAAUUAAAAUGAUUGGAAAUGAAAGGCAGUACCAAGGUAGUAUUACUAUGAUAAAUACUUUACAAUGGAAAGUAUUUUUCUUCAUUGUUACCAUCAUGAAAAAUAACGUCACAAUGCAAAAAACCUUUAUGACCCUAAAAUAGGCUUCAUUUUCUGAAUACAAAGUAUGAUUUCUUAUGUGUUUCUUUUGGUUUUGGAGGAAAAUAGGACCAGGACAUUUUCUGGACAGGUGUUGUGGAAAUCACAUAAGCCGUUUUAAAUUUUACAAACAAGAUUGGACAAAAAAGCCGGAUUACAAUGUAGAGUUGCCCAUGAGGUUUGUAUAGCUGUAUUGAUGUCUAGAAUACCUCAUUGGCUUAUUAUUCAUGUUUAUACUUAUUAUCAUGUUGAAAUAUUAAAGACUAACGUGUUAAUUUUCCAUAUUUUAAGCCUUAAACAUUUUAUCACUAGUUGUUUACUGUCACAUUUUAUAUAUUUUAUACCAUAUUGGUGUUUACUUGUGUACUCAGUACUUUUAUGUAAUUUUAUUUCCUAGCAUGAACAUGCUGUAAAUAAACUUUACAGUGCUUAAGUGUUAACCAGUUUAUAUAAAAUUACUAAAUGUCUAGUUAUUAUAAAAUAUACCUUUUUAAUUGUUAAAUUGUGGUACUCGAUAAGGUUUGCUUUGGCUAAUACAUGCAGAGUCAAGAUGUGGAGAGAAAAUGGACUUUGUAAAAGUAACCAAAUAAAUAACUAAAAAAA